CAAAUGCCAUUGGAAGCCAUUCUCAUUCAUCACAUUUGUGUCCAAAUCUCACUAAUGGCGCUGCAGUCGCCCCAAAUUCGAGGUCAAAUCAGUGUCAUCUUCUUUGUUGUUGUCAUUCCACCGCAACCUUUGUCAACGGUCGCGCUGAGCAGGAACACAUCUACGUAAAAGAACUUGGUUUUGCAUGGGUUAUUGGCGUUGGUACCCUACCUGGCGGGGGAAUUCGGGUGGUUGGGUUCUGAAGUGUGGGUAGGCCAGGGAUUUGUGCGCUCUCACCUCUGUGCAGUACAAUAGGAUGACAUAUGUAUGAGACACUCUAUGUAUGUCGGAUGAUGAUACGUUGUACGUGCCUUGCGGUGUCAUCCUCUGGAAUAAGGGACCUUUGGUUGUAGAGCUCCUGUGGAGGAGGUCUUAGACCAAGGUUCUGCUGGUUAGGAAGCCAGAGAAAUGUGAAAAAAACUAGCCUUUAAAUUUUGACAUUGGGAUUAUCCAUCAUGGAGACCCCUGGUCCAGAAGUGGAAACAGAGGUCCUGGACCCCAGGGUGCAGGAGGAAUUGGAAAAGUUAAAUGUGUGCACAGAGGAGAUCAACCAAUUGGAAGUUCAACUGGAAGAUGCGAAUUGCUUGUUCCGCACUUUGCUCUCGGAUUCCACUCACAUGUUGAAGGCCAUGGCUAAGAAAGUGGGCGGGUGUAUUGAAAAGGCCAGGCCGUACUAUGAGGCCUUAGAAGUGUAUCAAAAAGCCCAGAAGGAGUGCCAAUCUGCGGCCACGCAUUAUCAGAGGGCCAGUGGCAUCCAUGCGGCAGCCAAGGAGACGAUUGCCUUGGCCGAGCAACGCUUCCUGUCCAACUCCAAUGACUGGAAGUUCGACAACGCUUGGCAAGAGAUGCUCAACCAUGCCACCAUCAAGGUCAUGGAAGCCGAGAAGACCAAAACUGACAGUGAAGCCGAACACAUGCAAAAAGCCGAUGCCUUCCAAGUGGCCGAAGCCGAGGUCCAACGCCUGGAGAAGAAACUAAGUCGUCACAUUCAGAAAUCUCAGCCGUAUUUCGAGCAAAAGGAUCGGUUCAACAAGACCCUGGUGGAUCAGAAGUCUCGUGUUCAAGAGCUGCAACAAAAGAUCGCGGAGACCAAGGCGCAGUAUGCCCAGUCCUUACGGAAUCUGGAGGAGAUUUCGGAAUCCAUCCACCAACAACGCCGACUCCGAAUGCCCCGUGAACCUGGAGUGGGGGCGGAAUUGAACUCCUUGCCUUCGUAUGAUCUGGAUGAAUGUGAUAUGGUCAGCAAUCUCAGUAUGCAAUCCGGUGAUACCUAUAGUCUCAAGAGUAGCGACACCCAAGAGGAGAAAUCCAACGCGUCCGAUGAUCUUCUGACCAGUCUGGACAAGGACUUGAGCGCCAAAUUGAAGUUGUCUCAGCAAGAAUCUCAAGUGCAUGGUGGUGGACUUCACAAACGCAGUUUGAGCUGUCCCUCGGGUAUGACUCUUCCGGAGUGGAAGCAUCCCGGAUUGAGUCCCGUGAACGAAUCUCAGGAUACGAAAUGUGAUGAGGGUGAUAGGUUCCACAGAAAUAAUCUCCACGGGGACGGCCCAGACGACCUCACGGUACAAAGUGUAGAUUUCUCUCGGAACAUGAAUAAGAUUGAUCUGUGAGGGUGCAAAUUUUGUUAAUUUAAGAUUUCAUAUUGCAUUUUGUAAGGACUUGCUAAACAAAUACACAGAAUAGUCGCUAGACUUUUGAGUUUUGA